CAGGUUGAGUUUUACAGUGUAUCCUCACACCAACACUCAGAAAAUUUAACAGUGACAUUUUUAUGAGUGAAAGUAAACCUUGAACAACACGUGAACCAGGAACGACACAGACGACGACACAGCACAGCCACAGUGUCGUCCAGAUGGCUCCUCCUACUCCGUCUCCACCUGUCCCCAAACCUCGCGCUCGUUACAAGAGGGACAGUCUAAGCUCCGCCUCCUCUGACCGAGACGUGAGUGAGAAUCUGGCUGCUAUUUGUGCUGAUGCUCACCUGAGCACAGGUAAAGAUGCCCCACCUCUUGCUCCUCCCUUGGGUUUGGACAAUGGCACCGCCCUCCCAACUCUUGCCGGUGUCACUGACAUCAUUGCCGCCAAAAUCCCGUCAUUGGCUGGGAUCGCUGGCACCAUUAAUGGCUCUGCCCCUCCAGCCCCCUCAGCCCCUCCUUCCAUCGACAGCAUGGCUAACAGCAUCGCCACACACAUACCUAGCUUAGCAGGCAGUGCUAAUGCCAUGGCUAAGCCUGCUGCCACAGUAAGCCCCGCCCCCUUCUCCACAUCCACACCUGCUGCUAACACAGGUGCUGCAAGCUUAGACAGCAUUUUUAGCUCAUUAGCUAACAUGCCCAGUCUAGCCGGGUUCAUUAGCAGUGUGGGUAACCCUUCUGCUCCACCCCCCUUUGCUGACAAGCCCCACCCACCAUCACCGCCAAGGACAGAUGUCGGAGCGCUCUCACAGCUGGUGAUGUCAUCAUUAGACCCAGCUGCAGGAGUCACAUUACCACCAGCAGAGGGAGCUAUUGAUGAAGGCAGAGAAACACCGUACGUGACAGUGUUAGCUUGUUGGGAUGCGGAGGAAGCAGAAACAGACUCGUCCAAUGAGGAGGAGGAUACAGAAGUUACCCCCCCCCCUGCAGGUGAUGGACCAAUAGGAGGAGAGCCAGCAGUGAUUGUCCCAAUCUAUCCUGCAGGGGGCAUCAUCCCCACCAGGCCAGCCCCGCCCCCUCCUCGUCCUCCUGGCCAAUCAGGAAGAGCUGGAAAACGUGUACAACAGAAGAUCCCAAGAGCGGCCACAAUUCGAGUGUCCAGGAAGAAGGUGGGCAGUGGUAGCUCCGCCACUCAGAACGCGGUGGCCCGGUCCAGCUGGCUGGACGUCUGGAAGGGGUUCAGACAUAAUGUUCUGUGGGCAACAUUCGACGGCCAGCAGAUGUCGCUGUGGAAGAAACGCACAGACCAGUUCAGUGAGCUGCUCUUUCACGUUUCCUCCAUCACCAACGUGAAGAAACAAGAUAAACGAAGAUUCUCUGUUUAUUUCAGGAAGAAACAUUAUGACUUCAUGGCUCAUAGUGACGAGAUUCAGGAAGGUUGGGUCACAUCUCUGCUGGCAUCACGUGGACAGUCAAGCCCCGCCCCCCCUGAGCUGCAUGGACCAAUCACCAUCAAAGAGUCACGAAGUCGAGUGUACGCCGCCGUCUGGGGUCACAACCUCUGGAUUUACCCCAACAAAGAUGGCUUCCAGCUGGGCGUGGCCUCCUUCUCUGUUCCUCUGAACGUGGCGGCGGUGAAAGCGGCGGGAAAACACUCAUUUAACCUCAUCACGCCGUACAAGAGCUUCAGCCUGUCUGUGGACUCUUCGAAGGACCUGUCUGUGUGGUUGGACAGUCUGUCUGCCUCCAUCCGCAGUGCUCUGUCCUGCAGCCAGGUGGCGAUGCGAAUUUUGGAAAACCCCUGUAAUAAGGUUUGUGGCGACUGUGGCUCAGCCAAUCCUGAGUGGGCGUCGGUUAACCUGCUGCUGGUCAUCUGUCAGGCCUGUGCAGGUCAGCAUCGCAGUCUGGGCAGUAACGUGUCCAAGGUACGAAGUCUGAAGAUGGACAACAAAGUGUGGACUGAACCACUGAUACAGCUGUUUGUUAUCUACGGUAACCGACUGGCCAAUCAGGUGUGGGCUGCAGCGGUGCCAGCAGCAGAGCAGCUGCUGCCUGAGUCGUCUGAUGAGGAAAGGUCAAAGUUCAUCCAGGAUAAAUACAGCAGGGGGUGCUACAGACGAGUUCACUCCCUGACAUCCACUCAGUCCCUGAUGGACCAGAGACUUAGAGAAGUCGUCUCCAGUGAUGACAUAGAAGAGACGAUGUCUCUGAUUUGCUCAGGAGCAAAGGUGCGUCAGUCAGACCUUCAGAUUCUCUCCCCCAUCAUCCUGGCUGAGAGGGCGGGGCAACCUCUGCAGAGUGAGCUGCUGCGUCUCAACGAGUACACAGAAGUCCCGCCUCACCAGCCACAGUCAGCCAAUAGGAGACGUGGCUCCACCCCCUCAGGUGAGGAGGAGGAGGAGCUUCAUGGGAAACUGGAGGACGAUCGUUUCUUGUUCUCUGUAGAAAAUGAUUCUGCUGCAUGUGACGUCCUCGACCUGCGGGAGGCGCUGUCUGUCUUCACCACAGACACUGGACCGCCUCAUCAGUUUGAGGUCGUGACCUUGGGCGAUCACCUGAUCUGUGCUGCUGACGACAGCGAUACUCUGAUGACUCACCUGGUCCACAUCCUGAAGGUGAUUCUUCCAGGGGGCGUGUCUUAUGCAGAAGUGUGCGGGGCCUCAGCUGUCAGUAAAGUGUGUGUGGUGGAGGUGGGCGGAGCCUCUAGUCAGUCUGAUGCCUGGUUGUUGCUGUGGGAGGACGGCGUCAGUGUUUACCCCGUCCACAGAGGCUCACAGCAGAUCGUGAGGAUGGAACUGAGGGCGCUCAGUUGCCAUGAAAUUGACUCAUCAAAAAACAUCAUCACCAUGGAAACCAGGGACAGGAGCGUGUCUUUGCGUUUCGAGGAGCAGCACAGCUGUCAGACCUGGUUCAAGCACCUGCAGAGAGCGCUGAAUAAACAGAGCUCAGAUCCACAUCGUGGUACUGGUCAGUCUCUGUACCCGGUGCUGGCCGUGGCAUCCAGAGGUUCAGUUCCACCCGCAAUCCAACGCUGCAUCUCCCACAUCACAGCACACGGUUUGAAGGUGGAGGGCGUGUACCGACGCUGUGGAUUAGCUGCCAAAGUCAACCGAUUGGUGGAGGCACUGAUAACUUCACCAAGCUCCGCCCUCUUGGAGAGUGAUGAACAAGGCGUGUUAGAUGCUGGCUCUGCCCUGAAACAGUAUGUCCGCCAGCAGCCAGGUCUGAUCCCUGACGUUCAGCCAUGGCUGCAGGCUGCAGGUCAGUACCAGAACUACAGUACUACACAGUACUGUAGUUCUUUGUGUAACAAUACUUUCUCAGUGAUUUCAGAUGAACAGCCCAGGUUUAAAGCAUACCAACGGUUACUACGGAAACUCCCUGACGACAACAGAGCUACACUCAGUGCCCUGUUUGCUCACUUCUACAUGAUCCAAGUGUUCUCUCAAGUGAACAAGAUGUCGGCUCAGAAUCUGGCUCUGGUUCUAGUCCCGACUCUGUUUCACACACUGAACCAGGAUCUGCUGCGACUCACCAAAGAGUUCAUCAUCCACCACACUCUGCUGUUCCUGACACCAGAGGACGAGGCGAGAGAAGAGGAAGAGGAGGAGCAGAUCACCGUGUUCUGAUGAAUCUUAAGAAAAACAGAGUGAUAAAAAGAAAAAAUCUCUUGUUUUGUUUUCUCUUUUAUUUUAGGGGAAGUUUGUGUGUCACGGACAAUGCCCCCUACAGUGUGAACAUCAUGGCUCAAAUAAAAGUCAUUUUUCCUUCUCA